AUGUCGCAUAAUGACAAGAUUAUCAUAGCAUUAUUCAUCAUUUGUUCCUUGCUUCGAAUCGAAGGAAGUGAUCCGGUCACACCAGCACUUUCAAACCUGGAGGCGUUCCUCAAAAAUAUGUCCGUUUUGACGCGUCUCACUACCGGAAUGGCCCUCCAAUCCAAUAUUUCUCGUUCGGAUGUGUACGAAGUCGCCGCCGGACUCCUUGAUUUGGAGACGAAAAGUUUAGUGUCUCUGAGAAGGCAUCCUCAGAACAUUACGCAGGAUAUCGUGAACAUUUCCACGUCCGUUCGAGAAUCCGGAGUCCGUACGAAGUUUGAAGACGUCAGACGAGCCCUUAAAGAUGUGGAAGUGAUCGCUAAAAUAGAUCUGAAACAUUUGAAAGAUGGAAUCAAACAUCAGAAUCUUUCGAAGUAUAUCGAUCAGAUGAGACAGUUUGAGCAGGAGAAAACGAUUAAGCUGUCCGAAUUCAAGUUGCUCGAGAAUCUCCGAAAAUGUGUCUUUAUCAUAACGAACGAUACGAAGGAGUGUGCGGAAUAUUGGAGAGAAUUCAGUGCCACGAAUUACAUGAUAUUCCGAAAUCAAGUGGCAGAAUUCUACACCGAAACGAAGCAGCGUAUCGAAGGAUUUGAGGCAGCACGUGGCAAUUAUGCGCUUGUCAAAGACGCCCUCAGAACUCUUUCGCCAAUUGGUCACAAUCGGAACAGUUUUGAAAGUAUCCAGUCUUUGAGGAACCUCCUGAGAACGGCGGAGUACGAGCUGCAGAAAUACGGAAAUAUUCUCGGAAAGUUUCCAGAAUACAGAGCCGGCGACCUGGAAAAGAUGCGAAGUAUAGAGACACUGUUCCUUCGAAAUCACACGAAAUCGAUGGAAGGGCUGCCGAAUGGAGUGAGCGAUCUGACUGAAAUGUUCGAUGAUUUGGAGGGGAAGUGGCUGGAGGAUAUGAUCGGAAACGGAGAAGGAGUUGGGAAGUUGAAGAACGGAACACUUCCUUUGAAGCAAUUCGCGCAACAGCUCAUUGAAGUUCGGAGGAUUUUGACACUCUGGAAGAAGGAUUAUGAGAUGAAAGGGAGAAAAUCAUUUGUGAGAGUUGAAGAAUUAGUGAGAGAAAUCGAGAAAUGGAAGAGGUCCGGAGUCUAUUCACUCAACAGCUCUUACGUGGAAAACGUCGGGAAGUGUGUGAUGAAUGUGCCGCCCAUUCCGAAGACACUGAACUGGCCUCUCUUCGAUAAACUUCUUCUCGAUAUCGACCUCAUCGACAACAAUCUGACUGAGCUCAUCAAUGUGUCCAGACUCGUUCGAAAGUCAGUCAAGGGAAACGAAGUUUUAAAUGGUAUAAGGACAUUGGCAAGCAUCGUAGCGACUCACUUCAAGAGUCUAAACAUCUCUAAAAACGUGAACAAAACAAAAGUUCAGAAAAUGCUCCAAUUGAUUAACGAAAAAGCUGUUAUAAAUCGCAAUGUCACCAAUUUAUGGAACUUCUUGUCACAUACCCUAGUGGAUGAUAUCAAACUGAAGAAUAAGCAAAUGAAAGUUAGUUUCCCUAAAGUGGACGUCUUGGAAACGGUCGCCAGUCAAGUAGAUGCACCCCAAUUCGCGUUUGUCUCCGAUUGUCUGUCUAGAAUAACCCCGGCAGUGAGGUCAACAAACAAUGUUUUGGAGUGGGCUGACAAACUGACAGAGUUCGGGAGGAGCCAAACGGACAUCGAAGUCGUCGUCUCAUACUGUCAUUUCCUCGAAGAGGCCCACACACGUGCAGACGGUCUUCACGCCAUCGUUCAGAAUCUGACGGAUAUGAGAAAUGGAGAGACAGUGUCGAUGAACGCGGAAGUGCUUCGAGUGCAGGAGUUCUGUGAAACACGCGACACACUGCCAAAAUCCAUCCUGGAAGGACUGCACGUUCUGACGGAUAUGGCAGAGAUAAGGAAGAUGCGCGAGGAGUUCGGCGCGAUUCUGGAACUGAAUGUGUCUUCGACGGGCCGUUCGUGGAUUCAAUGGGAGAACAACGACAAACCAGCGUUUUCGGCGCUCGUCAAAAGCAUUGAUGAGCUGGAUGAAUACGUGGAAACGAAUCUCCGAAAUCUUGAAGACGUGGCAAACGUGUUCGACAAAGCUGACGAAAUCCACGGAGUGAAAAUGAAUUGGGAGGACUUGUUGAGCGAACUGAGGAAGAAUAACGAAUCGGCGGCUGCGGAUGCAUUCGAGAAGCUCAAACAUCUCGACACAAGCUUCGCAUCUCAUACCAAGUUCCUUCACAAGGGAUCCUACAUGAUAAGGCAGUUGCAAGAGUUCUUCAAAAGAAUGCUUGAGAUCGUUCUGGAAACUACGAACAUUCCAACUUCUUCCACAAAGAAAACGGUUCUCCCCACUCUGCCGACUCUGCCGACUCCUGAGAAACAUCAGAAUAGAAGCACAGAGUAAGCUGCCGAUACUGUGUUCUUCUAACUUUCCCCCAAUUUGCAGAAAGCCGAAGCUCGAAAGGCGACAAGUCAUCCGAAUUGUUCUCGUUGUCAUCGGAUCCUUCGUCUUUCUGUUCCUUCUCGCCUUCCUCAUCUACUCAUUGACUCCGAACGGAAGGAAACAAUGGAUGCGGCUCUACUUGAGAUACUGGGCGUCGCAGGAAACUCUCGAAUUGUACUGGCGGUACUCGGUGAGCUCAUUCCCCAUUGAUCGUUUAAACGUUUUCUUCAGUACUGGCUGGAUCAGGAAUCGGAGAAGAAUGCGUUGUGUGAAGCAAUCCGAGAAGUGAACUACGAGCACGUGAAGGCGUUGGUCAAGAAGGGCGCUUACAUAAAUGUGUACAACCGUAAGGGAACUCUCUUUUUCCAGAGAUGAUCUUGAUGAUUUCAGCGUUCGGAAACACUCCACUCCAUGCAGCCACCAAGUACGGACACGCCAAGAUAGUCAAACUUCUGCUGAAGAACGGAGCGGAUCGGAAUGCGUUCAAUCUGGAGAAUAAAACGGCGGAGCAGAUGAUCGGCGACAGGGAAAAGGGCGGAGCGACGACGCGAGCGGUCAGUGAUCGGAGUACGAUGGAAAUGCAGACGGACGCGUCGGAUGAGAUCGAGAUGACAUUCCGCAAGUAUCAGAACAAAACAUUCAGGCCCAGUGAGCCUUCUCCAACCCAUCUCACCUGAAAACUGUCUCUUUCAGGGGUGCCCGAUCUCCUUCCCACAAUGCUCUUCCGUAUUCGAAUCGAUCGCCACGUGAGCAAGACGGAAGAAGUGAGAAAGUUCACUGAAACAUUCAAAGGAAACGUCAGUCUUUAAAUAUGUCCCUUUCUUAUUUCCAAUCUCUCAUUCCAGGUUACCGAUCAGAAGGCGGGAGUGACCCAUUUCGUUGUGAAAACCGACGAGGACGGCGUGUUCGAAUCGGACGAGUUCGGCUACAUUAUGUGCGUUUUCUUGCCGACGAUGCUGAUGCAAGAGCAGUGGCUGAACGGGUGUCUCGUGAAGAAGUCCAACUUCCGCGACGACUACAAGUUCCGAGUGGAAAAGGUGAAGUACAAGGGGAAAGUGUACGAGACGGUCACGAAAUGGGCGCAGUGGGUGCACAAACAGCAGCUUCCCUAUCUGUCCGGAGUGCAAUUCCACGUGGCGAUCAGCAGUUUUCCGGAAGCCGGUCAACUGAGACAGCUCGUGGAAAUGCACGGAGCCACGUGGUGUGACGAAAUGCCCGAAAAGGUAAACUACAAUAUCGGAUCCUAUCCCUUCCAUCAUUACAAUCUCGGACCUCUUUUUGUGAUACACGACGGACAGGUGAACAAAACAUUGGCAUUUUCCAGCAAUUCCAUUCAUUUUGCAGACGAACCUGGAUCAUCUGAAAAGCGACGUCGACAAAAUGUACACUGUGAUGACGUUUGAGCAAUUCAUCGCCUUCAUGCUCAAAAUGGAAGUCAGUUACGAUUCGGAUCGGAAGUCGCGCAUUCCGGUGUUCGUGGAGCACGAGGAGCAGGAGCCGACCACCAGCCGAUACACUUCUAUCGCAAUAAACGCUUGA